UGCAUUGUGGGGAUACAAACACAGCUCAGAAAGGACAGCGGGGAGCACAAAGGGAUGAAAACAGCACCCCAAAAACUUUGAACUCCAGCCUGUUGUGAUGUAAAUUCAUGUGAACGUUAGUUCAAGUGUCACUUUUUGCGGCUGGCAGGCUGACAACUGCCUGAAGGAGAGGAAUGUGAGUGUUGAGAGGGAAGCGGCAGGGCGCACCGCUGUCUCCCGACUAUCGCUGCUUUUUGUCAGCUGAGGUGUUUGCAUCCAGAGGCCCAGCCGUUAUCACGGGCCUCGACUGAAAAGGACCCAUUUCCUGCACACUGUCAGAGUUGGACUCUCAGCAUGGGGGUGAAAACCUUCACCCACAGCUCAACCUCCCACAGCCAGGAGAUGCUGGAGAAGCUCAACGCUCUUCGCAACGAGGGCCACUUAUGUGACGUUACCAUCCGGGUCCAGGAUAAGCUCUUUCUGGCCCACAAAGUGGUCCUAGCCUGUUGCAGUGAAUUCUUCCGCUCCAAACUAGUGGGCCGGCCAGAGGAGGAGGACAAAUUUGUCUUGGACCUUCAUCAUGUGACCGUUAGUGGCUUUGCUCCGCUGCUGGAAUAUGCCUAUACGUCAACUCUCUCGAUCAGCACAGAGAAUAUCAUUGAUGUUCUGGCAGCUGCAAGUUACAUGCAGAUGUUUGCUGUGGCGAGCACAUGUUCAGAGUUCAUGAAGUCCAGCAUUCUGUGGAGCCCAGGUAACAACAACAACAACAACAACAUGACGGCAGACAAGCCACAUGAAUCAGCACCGGAGAGCGCCUCAUCUAACUGUGCCCUGACGCCGUUGGACGGCAGCGUGUCACCAGUUUCUUCUGACUGCAGUGUCAUGGAGAGAAAUGUUCCCAUAUGCCGCGAAUCGCGACGGAAGCGCAAGACCUUUGUUACAAUGGCGUCACCCGAGAGUCCGCUCAAAUGCACUACACAGAUGGUCACCACCUCCCCUCAAAUCCCAAACCCCUCCCCUUCUUUCUCAGACAGCACAGCCCAACCCGUGGAGUCCUCUCUGGCCUUUCCAUGGACUUUUCCUUUCGGUAUUGACCGGCGGUUCCACUCGGACAAAUCAAAACUCCCAGAGAGCCCUCGUUGUUUGGAGCAGGGGACCCCGGGGACCUCAGAGGUCGUAGUUGGCCGGAGGCUUAGUGACUUCCUAACAUGUGAAAGCUCCAAGGCGGUGUCGUCUCCAGUGCCAGCAGAGGAGGAAGAUGUGAGGGUGAAGGUGGAGCGCCUCAGUGAUGAGGAGGUUCAGGAGGCUUCCUCACAGCCAGUCAGUGCCUCCCAGAGCUCGCUGAGUGACCAGCAGACAGUGCCAGGAAGUGAACAGGUCCAGGAGGAGCUUCUCAUCAGUCCACAGUCAUCCUCCAUAGGGUCGAUGGAUGAGGGAGUGUCUGAGGGUUUGCCGUCAAUGCAGAGCUCCUCCACCACUGGAGGACAUGCAGAAGAUGAUGAAAGGUUAGAAGGUAUUCAGUAUCCAUACCAUCUCUACAUAAGCCCUUCAGCCCGCCCUGGCACUAACGGCCCAGACAGACCGUUCCAGUGUCCGACCUGCGGAGUCAGAUUCACCCGCAUUCAAAACCUGAAACAGCACAUGCUCAUACACUCCGGCAUUAAGCCUUUCCAAUGUGACCGCUGUGGGAAAAAAUUCACACGGGCCUACUCCCUAAAGAUGCAUCGGCUGAAGCACGAAGGUAAACGCUGUUUCCGGUGCCAGAUUUGUAGCGCCACAUUCACGUCCUUCGGUGAAUAUAAGCACCACAUGAGGGUCUCCCGACACAUAAUCCGCAAGCCGCGGAUUUACGAGUGCAAAACGUGCGGCGCCAUGUUCACCAACUCUGGCAAUUUAAUUGUACACCUGAGGAGUCUGAACCAUGAGGCAUCCGAACUAGCAAACUACUUCCAGAGCAGUGAUUUCCUCGUGCCCGACUACCUGAGCCAGGUUCAGGAGGAGGAGGAGGCGUUGGGAGUCCAGUAUGAGCUAGAUGAAUCCCAACAUCACCCUGUCUACCCAGGCAGCACCUCCACUUCCACCACCGCCGCAGCCUCAUCCUCUUCCUCAGUCCAGAUGCCCGUCAUCUCCCAGGUCUCUUCCUCUACCCAGAAUUGUGAGAAUUCCUCCGGCUUCCUCUCACCUGAGCCCCUGGAUCCCCUGGAAGCCCAGUCCUCCCUCAAGAUGGACGCCGAUGAGGCGGCAGCCGUGGCAGAGGAGGCCAAGCUGGACAACAGCGAAGGAGGAAGUUCCCCGGAGGUGUUUGAAGAAGAGCCGCCGCAGCAGCAGCAUGCACAGGCUAAGGAGCUGGCUUCCAUUACCAUAGAGUGAUUUAAGCCUUCUACUUUGCCCAUCAUGUCUUAUUUUGCAAUCCUGUCAUAUGGGAAUAUGUGUUGAAAUGUGGAUGAAAGGGACAGCCGGGACAUGUGUUAAACCUCCCCAUAUGAAGCCCUGAUGAAGUUUUAUGAAGACUUCACUUGCCUUGAAGAUGUUUUUUCCAUGGAAUUCAGAUGCAGUUAUUUAUGUUUAAACUAAACCAAAUCCAGCAAAGUAAAAGAUAUUUAUUCACUGCAUCAAAAUAAGAGUGUUCAGUCAUUCAUGGUGAGAAUUUCUCAAGCAUUCAGUAAACAUUGGAUUCAAUACGACAAACAUAUCUGGGUCCAAUAUUUCUUAAGAAUAUUUUUGAGGGUAAUAUGUAGGAAGGUUGUUUUUUUUCCCAUAUGACGUGAAUGCAGCACGAGCUAAAGUCCCUUCUGUCUUAGCUAAUUUGAGGUCUGUUAAGAACAAGCCUUGCCCUACAUUUGGAAAGUGCCUGAGAGUUCCCUUUUUAACAAAGCAGUGUAGAGAGGAAGAAAAGGUUGUGACUUUGCCAAUGGUGACAAAUCGAGUCUUUGCAAACUGAGUUCAAGAAAAAAAACUUGUAUUUCAUUUGUUGAGUUCAUGCUAGUUUGUAUGGGCAGAGACUGUGUUAUUCCUUCAGUGCCGUCGCUAUAGGCAAACUGUUAAAUGUCGAUAUUAUCUAUAUUGCAAUAGCUUGUACUGUUUUACUAUUUGAAUGCUGUGUAUGUUGGAUGUUGUGAAAUCUGAUCUGUCAGGUAUGUGUGUGCAUUUCUUUUUUUAUCUAUAUGAAUACAUUUCAUUUUUUAAAGGUUUAAAACUUGAAAUUAUAUCAACAGAGUAUUCCCUUAAGAUGUCUGUGCAGUAUAUUAUUUUCGGACAUACAGUAUAUCAACUUAUUUUUUAAAAUUUUUAAUGAAAAAAUCACUUAAAUCAAACCAUGGAUCUUUAGGAGUUUAGAUAACCUUUGGUGAGCACUGAAGCAGCUUAAUGUUGUAAAAUCCAUUCAAAUGGAUCAGAAAAAAGGACUGAAAUUUAUGUAAAAUAACAAUUUGAAAUUUGGAGUCGGAAGGUUUUCUUAUAGCUGUAGUGUUAUAUUUCCAAAUGAGCUCAAAGGUAUAAUGAUGUAGCAUUUAUCCCUGUUCAAUUAAGUCAAAUGGUUUUGUUUUGAAUGUUGGUCGUGAUUUACCAACAAUUGCUAGUCAUGCUUUUGUUUAUUGCAUGACUACUGGAGUGAUGUUUUCACUUUGGUGCAAAAUCUUUGUCUUUUUAUCUCUGGUGUUCUUUUGGAAAUAUUAAGAGGCUGAUUACGAGAAGUGGAUGGAGCUGCCCUGAUGUCACUUACUGAAUGUGAACUGCCUUUUCGCCUGUUUGGAACUAGCAAUUGAGACCUUCCACUUGUUAGGAAUAUUUCUGUGAUAGUAAUAAAUCAAAUUGAAAAUAG